GGCUUCCUUCUCUCUCCCUAGCCGUAGUAUCUCCUCAAACCAAGCCUCUCGUACCCUUCAGUGUUCCUGCCAUGUCCUCAUCCACACCUCCCAUUCCUCACAUCCUCCUCCUUGGCGCAACCGGCUACUUAGGCGGCUCCAUCCUCUCCUCCUUGCUACCAAACAUCAUCACCUUUCCCCCGAACUACACCAUCGCCGCCCUCGUUCGAUCGCCGGAGAAAGCGAAAUGGCCAGAAUCUCACAACAUCCGCCCUAUUCUCGGUUCCCUAGACGACGCAGUACUCAUAGAAGAAGAAGCAAGUAAAGCAGAUAUCCUCAUCAACACAGCAGAUUCAGACCACCUCCCCUCCGCGCGCGCUGCCGUCGCCGGCCUCAUCCAACGCUUUCAAGAAACACAGAAGAAGCCGCUGUAUUUGCAUACAAGCGGCACAGGCAUUCUCAUCUCUCCCACCACCGUCCCCGGCACCGCCGAACCCCGCAUCUGGUCAGACGCCGACGCCGCAUCCCUCGCUGCAAUCUCGCCCACGUAUCUGCACCGCGAAUCCGACCUCUUCCUCCUGCUCCCCGCCCAUGCGUCAAGCAUCCACAUCACCAUCGUCGCGCCUAGCGCGAUCCACGGCAUGGGAACCGGCCCAGCGGGCUUCGCGAACAGAUUGAGUGUGCAGAUCCCCUGGCUGAUCUCCAACGCGCUGAAAUUGGGCAAGAUGCAUAUGGUAGGUAGGGGCGAGAACUGGAAUUGUCAGGUGCAUGUCGCGGAUCUGGUGGGGUUUUAUGGGCGGUUGCUGGAGAUGUACAUCUCCGGCUCCGAAAGUAUCUCCGAACUUCCCACGGGCUACGUGUUU